AAAGAAGUUGAAAUGUAGGAAUAAAAGAAAAAGGAAGAAUUAGGCUGAGGAAAAGCCGGAGCUAAAGAGAGUGUGAAGAUGCUAAAGACAUAACAACAUAAGCACAAAAAAGGCAGUGAGUGGAGUGAGAGAAAGAGAGAAAUCAUGGCAGUUUCUGUAACCAUUUUAGUCCUCAUCAUCGCUCUGCAUCUCAUAGCCUUCGUCUUCGCCGUUGGCGCCGAACGACGUCGUAGCGAGGCCAAAGUGGUCCCCGACGAGUACGACGACCAAACCUUCUGCCAUUACACCACCGACGCCUCCACCGUCUACGGCCUCUCCGCCGUCGCCCUCCUCCUCCUCAGCCACACCGUCCUUAACGGCGUCACGCGAUGCCUUUGCUGCGGCAAAGGCCUCGUCUCUGGCUGCUCCGCCACCUCCGCCGUCAUCUCCUUCAUCCUCUCAUGGAUUAGUUUUUUGGCGGCAGAGGCGUGUCUGUUAGCAGGGUCUGCAAGGAAUGCAUACCACACAAAGUACAGAGGGUAUUUUGUGAAUCACGAUUUGUCUUGUGCUACCCUACGCAAGGGUGUGUUUGCUGCUGGAGCUGCCUUGACCUUGUUGUCCAUGUUGACCGCCAUUUUGUACUAUUGGGCACACUCUAAGGCUGACACUGGUUUCUGGGAGAAGCACCACAAUGAAGGACUUGGAUUGGCCACGCAACACCACCACCAAGGUCCUGACUCUGAUAAGGCCUGAAUGGUUUAUUUCUUGGUUUUAAACUCAAUUUUGGUGGUCCUCUUAUUGCUUUUGGAUAAUGGAUGAAUAUAUAGUAUUUAUGCUGUAAUAGGAGAAUGCCUGAAAUAUAUUGAUAGAUGGUCAUGGUAGUAUUAUGUUGGUGGUUUAAUUAAUAUAUUCCAAUCUUCUAGUUUUAAAGU